AUGUUUAAUUUUACUGAUUAACGUUUAAGGUCCUAAAACUGUUGAUAUUUAAGGUGCAGCGUUAGCACAAAGCUAUAGGCGGAAAAUACCAUAGAAAACAUGUAGUAAGCGACAGGAAUAAAGUUCUAGCCACUAUACGCAUACGCAUAGCCGAACGAAGUAAUAAUCCUCAUUCAGUUUUUUCAGCGCCAGCUUUUAUUUGAAAUUCACAAUGAAUGUAUGUUAGUGAAAGUUACAAAACAUGCUAGUUUGGUUGGACCUGAAAAUUUUUGUUUUUAUCAUAUAUCUAAACUAAGGAUUUAUAUAGUGCCAUAAAAAUUACUCUAUGACAUUUGUAAUGUGCCCAACAACACCAGGGAUUGAGAGUUCUUCUGAUGAUCUGUUAGUUCAAUGUUUAAAUGGAAACCACAGCUUUCAAUGCAAAAAUGAUAGUAGGCAAAGAAAAAUCCAGAAAUAUGACAGUCCAAAUUAUAUAUUUACUGAAAAAGAUAAUGACAUAAUUCGAACUAUUAAACAGUUAAAUGACGAAACCAAAGAAAAUAGUAAACUAAGAAGAGAAAUUGAAGAAUAUGUACCUUGCAUAAAAUGGCCAGAUUUAAUAGUACAAACUUAUAUACACUUAGGUUGUUUGUAUGGAUUAUUUUUGUGUAUUUGGUCGGCUAAGAUUUAUACAACGUUAUUUGCAUUUUUUACAGUAUUCGUUACUGGAUUUGGCAUAACAGCUGGAGCUCACAGACUGUGGUCACAUAGAGCCUACAAAGCAAAGUGGCCGCUUAGACUUCUUCUAGUCAUUUUGUUUACAGUUACCGGGCAGAGACACGUAUAUGCUUGGGCGUUGGAUCAUCGUGUUCAUCAUAAAUAUAGCGAGACUGAUGCCGACCCUCACAAUGCAAUGCGAGGAUUUUUUUUCUCACACGUCGGCUGGUUAGUACUCACUCCACAUCCAUUAGUGGUUGAGAAAAGAAGACUUAUCGACAUGAGUGAUUUGGAAAAAGAUUCCAUAGUAAUGUGGCAAAAAAGAUUAUAUCCUCUUCUAUUUUUUAUAUUUGUGAUUUUUGUACCCGUAUCUAUUCCAAUAUAUUUCUGGGAGGAGAGUUUGUGGAAUUCUUUAUGGAUAAAUUUCAACACGAGGUUUUCCAUUACAUUAAAUAUCGCUUUUUUUGUAAAUAGUGUUGCUCAUAUGUGGGGUCAAAAACCAUAUGACAGGUUUAUUAGUCCUGUUGAAAAUUUGGCAGUAUCCAUAGCUGCUUUAGGUGAAGGCUGGCAUAAUUACCAUCACGUAUUUCCUUGGGAUUAUAAAACAGGAGAACUAGGCAAUAGCUGGAAUCCUUCAACAACAUUUAUUGAUUUCUUUGCCAAAGUCGGAUGGGCAUACGAUCUCAAAAGUGUUUCGAAAAAAAUGAUCAGUAGGAGAGCCCACAGGAGUGGUGAUGGUAGUUAUAUCUGGGGAUAUGGCGACAGUGAUUUAGAUCCAGAAGAUUUGGAGGAAUUAGAAAACAUGGUUACAAAGAAAGCAAAAGAAAAUGAUUAAAAAUGACGAAAUUCUAACAUAGUUACUCUAAUAUUAGUGAAUCAUUACUUUUGUGUUACUCAAUUGUGAAUAGGGAGAUCCAUAAUAAGUGUUGUUUAAAACCGCUUAAAAAUUAAUUUUAUAACAUAUUAAAUAUAAGUUCAUAACUUACAAAGGAAAUAUUGUAGCACCAAAAGACAAAUUCAAUAAAUAAAGUAUUAGAAUUCACUGAAUAA